UUUGCGCAUCUGGGCUGCUGAAAUUUCCUGUGAGUUUUGCAACUCCCUCUCGGCUCUGCUUCGGGACUGCCCAGCUCCGGGCGCCAGCCGCUGGAGAGAGACCCACCCAGAGGGGAGCGGCGAGCGGAAAAGGGAUUUAUUAUUUACUAUUCUUUCACCUCGCGCGGCAUGGACCAGGAGGCAAGGAAGCGGCGAGUCCCGCCGCCGCUGCUCCUGCUGACGCUUGCCUUGGCUCUCCCUCGAGCACAGUCAACAACCUUUAAAAUCACCACUCCUUACGCGCUCUAUAUCUGCCCUGAGGGUCAGAAGGUCACCUUGACUUGCAAGCUCAGUGGGUCUCUGGCAUCCCAUCACGAUUCCAUUUACAAAUUUUGGUACUUCAGCAACCAGGGAGACCAGAGCUGCUCCCAGAAAAAACAUGUCCGCAAUGUCUCAGCAAAGGAGCUGCAUCAUGAAUCAGAGAAGCACAGCGGGCAGCGCGUGAGCCACCAUGGUUUGGAAUUCUCCUCGGAUCACCACGGGACGUUUUAUGUCACCAUGGCAAACCUUACUCUCAAGGACAGUGGGAACUACUGUUGCUACGUGGUGGAAGCUGAAAAGGAGCACAACAAAGCACACGCCAAGCAGCAGGCUCAUGGUUUCAUGGAACUUCGGAUACAAAAAGCAAAUGCUACUUUCCCAAACUGCACACUUCAUUCUGCUGCCAGCAUGGAGAGUGAAAAUGUCACAGCAGCUGCACUUGCAACAGGGGCCUGCAUUGUGGGCAUUCUGUGCCUUCCUCUCAUUCUGCUCCUCAUUUACAAGCAGAGAAAAGCAAUCGCUAACAGGCGUGCUCACGAACUUGUCAGAAUGGAGAGCAACACCCAUGGCAUUGAGAAUCCUGUCUUUGAUGACAUUCCUACCAUUAAUUCGGAGCCCAAAGCCAGGCCGCAAUUAAGCUACAUGGCUAGCCGCCAGCUAUCAGAGUCUGGUCGACAUCUUCUCUCGGAACCGAAUACUCCCCUCUCCCCUCCAGCCCCGGGGGACUGUUUCUUCCCAACACUGGAGCCUGUUCCUGACUCACCAAACACGACAAAUGCAUAAUAAAGUUUUCCAGGAAGAAUGUCUUUCAUGGAAUCUUUGGCCUCAAUUUGGACAAGGGUUUGCCUGCUGCAUUAAACAAACAAACAAACAAAAACGAGAAGGGGCGGUGGAUAGGAAGGAAAAAAAACGCUUUUUGAAGACUGUUUCUAAGGGGAAGAAAAAUGGUUGUCUCUGAGGCACUUGGUGCUUGUCCUAACUUUCACUUACUACUCUGUUCCUUAAAUACAGUAUAUCAGGGCAGAAAAUAAGUUCUGGAAGAGGCUGAGGUACUGAAACCUUCUAGGAUUCUGAUGGCUUUUUCUUUUCACAAUGCUGAUGAUUUUAUGAACAAUUGCCACAUAUUUUAAAAAAGGUGUAUGGUUUUAAUACACCGGGACCAUGUACAAGACUGGAGAAGAGAUCAAGAAGAUUUCUGAAUUCUAACAGGAACAGGCCAUGGGGAGGAAUUAUGAGUGUUACCACCAUUUGCCUUAAAAACUGGACAGUGAUUUUAACACUUUCCUCCAUGGAAAUAUGGACUAGAUUAAAAAAACAAAAAACUUCAAAGCUUUCUGUCAGAAAAAAACCAUCUUAGGCAUUCUAGGUCUUUCUUUAUAUGAAUUGCAUUGUGUAUACAUAUAAUUUUAAAAGCGGUGCUUUGCAACAGAUUUUACUUGUAUCCUGGCUUUAAAAAAAAAUUACACAUGAAAAUCUCACAGUACCUGGCUGCAGUCUCAACUAAUUUUUCCUUCUUAAAACAUCGUAAUUAUUUUUUAGCAAAUUUGGCUCUGAACCUGCUCUCCGAAUUCUAUGAACCAGUCUUUUGAUUUUCUUUUUACCGCUUGCUGUAUGGUACAUGCACAACUAUGAACUAAUCAGGGUGGUGUAGCAAAUAGUCAAUGGAGCACAAGCAUGCCAAACUAUCAAAAAUUAGAUCUAAUGUCAAAUCUAGUCUGUUGUUGUCACAAAACAAUUGAGACCUAUUUUAGAAAUUUGCCCAGGAUGUGGAUUUCGCAACACACUUAGGACCUGACUGUUGUGACUUUUUAAAAACAGAUCUGAAAAUUAAUGUUUUGGUCUAAUCCAGUUUCUAUAAAAACUGCAGUGGUUAUCUCUCAAAGACAUGAGGCUAUAUUCCAAACGCCUUAGCUCAGAAGCAUGUUUUAACCAGCUCCCGUUAAUCUGGUUUCAUAGUCUAUUUAGCACAUCCAUUGCAAACAGUGGAAACUGCAAGGCAAGGCAUCUCAGGUUCUCUGACUGAUCAUACCAUAUUCAUUAGCGGAUUAAGCUCUUCCAAGGCAUGUGGGUUUGCAGAGAGGAACUAAUGCUUCCAUUUCCAAGAGAGACCUCACAUUAAAAAAAAAAAGUAAUAUACGAAAUAUGUAGGGGUUGUGAUUAUUUUAAAUAGGUUUAUAGGAAUAAAAACCAUUCCAAUAAUUUCUAAAUGAUGAUAAGAGAUACAUGCAUGAGACUCUUAAUCUCAGGGUUGUGGGUUCGAGUCUCACGUUGGGCAAAAGAUUCCUGCCUUGCAGGGGGUUGGACUAGAUUGACCCACAUGCUCCCUUCCAGCUCCACAAUUCUAUGAUUCCCGCCCCACGUUCAGUAAGUAAGUUAUUCUGGAAAGUUUGAAGUUAGGAUGGAUUAAGAAGAAAGUUAAGGCGUCUUAAGAAGAUAGAUAUUCAUUGCUUGCCAUAGAUGAGAGAACACAAGGAGUUUGACUGUAUACAUCCUCCAGCAUUUAAAAUACGUAUGAAUUAAGAACAGAGAGUGAAGAAAAGAGAAAGCAGGCUUAUUAAUGACAUGAGCGAAGACCUUACUCUUUCAAAUUCAUCCUGCUUGCUCCUGUCUAGUAGGAAGCAGUGUGUGUGUGUGUGUGUGUGUGUGUGUAUAAAGGUAACUGCUUGUGUAAAGGUAGGUCUGGGAACCGCUUAUCCUACGUGAAUAUACCAGCUGCUCUGAUAGUACCUCUGAAUGUUUUUUAUAUUUGUGUUUUUUUUAAAAAAAAUGUUCUGAUGAGAAAAUAAAAGGUUUAUUGUG